UAAAUUAAUAAUGCCCGAACGUUACGGCGAUAAGGUGACAACAAGUUUGGCAGAAUUGCCAAAAACUAAGGCAUCGACAAAUGGUGAUCAUAAGUCAUCUUUAUUUGAACUAAACGGCGAUAAUAGCUUAACACGAAACGAUGCUGUAAAGGUGGAAGAUAAAAUUGUACUUAAACGUAAACUGACCUUAAUGAAUGGAGUCGCGAUUAUUGUCGGUACUAUUAUAGGUUCAGGUAUAUUUAUUGCGCCUACUGGAGUUUUUUUUUACACAGGAUCCGUUGGUAGUUCAUUGUUAAUAUGGGCUGCUUGUGGUUUACUUUCAACUGUUGGUGCUUUGUGUUAUGCGGAAUUGGGUACCAGUAUAACACGUUCUGGUGGUGAUUACGCUUAUUUAUUGAUAGCAUUUGGACCUUUAGUCGGAUUUUUACGCUUAUGGAUUGCUUUGCUAAUAAUAAGACCAACAACUCAGACUAUUGUGGCUUUGACUUUUGCUCAGUAUGCGGCAAAACCAUUUUUUGAAGAGUGUGAGCCGCCAGAAAAUGCUGUUAAACUAUUAGCGGCUGGUUGUUUAUGUUUCCUAACAGCUGUUAAUUGUUUAUCGGUGAAAUGGUCGAUGAAAGUUCAAGAUGUAUUUACAGCCGGUAAAAUAUUGGCUUUAAUUUUAAUCAUUAUGGCGGGCAUUUAUCAAAUGAUUAUUGGCGAAGCAAAUAGUUUCGAUAAUCUCUGGGAGGGAAAUUAUAGUCUGACUAAUAUUGGAUUUGCAUUCUACUCGGGUCUAUUCGCUUUUGGUGGAUGGAAUUAUUUAAACUUCGUUACGGAAGAGUUACAAGAUCCUUAUAGAAAUCUGCCACGAGCCAUUUGGAUAGCAAUGCCUGUAGUUACUGGUAUUUACGUGUUAGUUAACUUAGCCUACUUUGCUGUUGUCACAAAAACGGAAAUGUUAAGCUCAUUAGCGGUGGCCGUAACGUUCGGUAAUCGAAUGUUCGGUUCGUUCGCUUUCAUGGUACCGAUAUUUGUUGCUUUGAGUACAUUUGGCGGUGUAAACGGUGUUCUCUUCACAUCGGCGCGAUUAUUUGCUACCGGCGCUCAAGAGGGUCAUCUGCCGAAAUUCUUUCAACUUUUUCAUAUCGAACAGCAGACACCGAUACCUGCACUUAUAUUUUCGUGUAUCAUGUCUUUGGUGAUGCUAUUAACGGCUGACGUCUACAAACUGAUCAACUAUUUCAGUUGCGUUUUAUGGCUUUCUGUGGUGGCCAGCGUAGCUGGCAUGCUGCGGCUAAGAAAAACAAAACCUAACAUACCACGUCCGAUACGUGUGCAUACCGCUUUACCGGUUAUUUUUAUUAUAUGUUGUAUAAUCUUGGUAUUAAUGCCUAGUUUAUCGGAACCACUUAACCUCUUGAUUGGCUUAACAAUAACCUUGGCUGGUAUACCUUUCUAUUACGUAUGCAUAGCAUGGCGCAAUAAACCGCGAUGUUAUGGACACCUCUCGGACAAGAUGGUAAAUUUAUGUCGCGCUCUCUUCAAUACAACAAUAAUAGAAAGUAUUGAAAGGUCAACAGAUUAAAUAUAAAAAUUUUACGAUUUAGAAUAACUUUUGAUCAUUUUCGCUGCAUAUUUACACAGUGAGAUCACUCUAGAUUAAGGUAAACACAGUUCGCAUUUAUGUAUUACACUGUAUAUAAAAAGAUAACGCAUUUAAUAAAAUAACAAAUGUUUAGGGAAAUUACAUAAAGAAG